GACCCGCAGCUCCUUGCUCAGUUCUACUAUGCUGAUGACGAACUAAAUCAAGUAGCAGCUGAACUGGACAGUUUGGAUGGAAGAAAAGACCCACAGAGAUGUACGCUGCUAGUCAACCAGUUUCGCUCUUGUCAGGAUAAUGUUUUGAACAUUAUAAAUCAAAUCAUGGAUGAAUGCAUUCCACAUGAACGGGCCAACCGAGACUUUUGUGUGAAGUUUCCAGAGGAAAUACGCCAUGACAACCUCGCAGGACAGCUUUGGUUUGGAGCAGAAUGUUUGGCUGCUGGUUCAAUAAUUAUGAAUCGUGAAAUUGAGAGUAUGGCUAUGAGACCGUUGGCCAAGGACCUGACCCGAAGCCUAGAGGAAGUUAGAAAUAUCAUUCGUGACCAGGCCUUAAGGGAUUUGAACCUCUACACAGAAAAAAUGAAAGAUUCACUCAAGCAUUUCGAUGUCCUUUUUGCGGAAUUUGAAUUAAGUUAUGUGUCAGCCAUGGUACCUGUGAAGUCUCCAAAGGAAUAUUAUGUACAGCAAGAGGUAAUCGUACUUUUCUGUGAAACUGUGGAGAGAGCCUUAAGGCUUGGAUACCUCACUCAAGAUAUGAUAGAUGACUAUGAACCAGCUUUAAUGUUUACAAUUCCAAGAUUAGCUAUUGUAUGUGGCCUUGUUGUCUACUCUGAGGGACCAUUAAACUUGGACCAUAAACCAGAAGAUAUGUCUGAACUCUUCAGACCUUUUCACACUCUGCUAAGAAAAAUAAGGGAUCUGCUUCAGACAUUAACUGAGGAUGAACUGCACACGCUGGAACGUAACCUCUGCAUCUCUCAAGACGUGGAUUUUCCUGUCAGAGCGGAUCCUGAAGUACCCUCUGUCAUUACACCGGGCAUAACUGCGACUUUGCCUGCAAAGGAGCUUUCAGCAAAGGCUGAAAACACAGAGGCUGAGCUGGCUUGUUCUAUGCAGUAUGAUGAACAGGAGCUGGAACAGCUGAACAGGAUGGUACACAGAGUUGGAGAUGAAAUGUCUUCUCUGCUUUCCCCUCCAAGUAUCUGUCAGUCUCCAGCUCACAGACCUAGCCUAAGAAAUAGUUCUAGCACAGAAGCUUCACCAACAAGACACCAUCUUGACAAUUUAACUGAUGAAGAGGACAGAGUGUUUUUUAUGGAAGACCUAGAUGGAGCAGGAGAAGCACUUGCUGGGUUGGAUUCAGUAAGCGAUACUUUCGCUUGGGUGAAUAACCCUUGCCAUGAUUCAAAACAGAACCUGCAAUAUAGAGACGCUUUGCUGUACGAGAACGGCCAUCAGACAGAGGAAACUUUGCUUUUAAAAGAUGCUGAAAGUGACUUAAGCAAUAAUAACAAUAUUGAAGAUGGCAAACAGAUGUCUAGCAUUUCAGUUCAGAAUUCGUGCAGCUGUCUAGAAGGUCCGGACUCGCAGUUAUACCUCAAUGGCUGGGAUGCCUACGCUGAUGAUGCUGAAAUGGCAGAAGUGAUAGCUCACAGGACAGGGGGAAUGAAAAUAUCUGCUACUGUAAUAUUCAAUCCUAAAUCUCCCUCCAGCUCAGAAUCCCCAGUAACUACUCCAGAAGCAGCUAUUAGUUGUGUUCCUGGAUCUGCUAAUCCAUUAGCAAAUGGGGAGGAGGAUGAGUCCCAUAAACUCAGUAUAGCUGCCACGAACUGUCUAAUUAAUUCCUGUGUGUGUUGUGGCAGCUGUGAAGACAGCAGGGAGGACAGUGUUGAAGGUUUAAAGACUAAACAUUCUGCAGGAGGUGUUGUAAAUGCUUCAUACACAUUAGUAAAGUCUAAGGAAAUGGACCACAUAGAUAACUCGGACAAUUCAGUCCCUGCACAGGAAACAUUAAAACCUGAAACUUCUGCUUUGUUAGCAGAAAGGGACUUUGGCAGAGAAGAGCAAAAACUGCCAGUCUCUUCUAAGUGCCUGGCACAUUCCUCAGGUCCACAGGUAGGAGCAGAAAAUGACUCACAAGGAGAAGCAGAAAGCAUCUCAAAUCAGCAGAAGAAGUGGGAGAAGAGAAGACAGCUAUGUGAGAAAAAAAUGGACAACGGUGAAGAAGCUAGUAGUGAAAGAACAGUGAAGGAAGAUGUAAAGUCAAGAUCUAGUUCAAGUAGCUUAAUGACGAGUUCUUGUUCAUCUGAUGACAUUGAUCAGGAAGAAAUCCAGCUUGCUUUGCAGGCUGCUAAAAUUGCCACCCGAGAAAAGAUCAGAUCGAGAUUUCAUGGCAGCAAUGAUCUUAUUCACCGCCUUUUUGUCUGUAUCUCAGGUGUUGCUGACCAGCUGCAGACAAACUAUGCUAGUGAUCUGAGAAGUAUCUUAAAGACCUUGUUUGAAGUUAUGGCAACCAAACCUGAAACAGAAGACAAGGAAAAGCAAAAGAAAGUUAAUCAGGGUUUAAGGAAUGCAGCACUGGAAGACUGUGCUUUGUGUCAAGAAAGUAUAUCCUCCUCAGAACUUGCAGCAAAAGCCAGAGAUGGAGACUUUGAAGAUCCCCCUGACUGGGUUCCAGAUGAAGUCUGCAGCUACUGCACUGCGUGCAAGGCUCCUUUCACCGUCAUUCGCAGGAAACACCACUGUAGGAGCUGUGGCAAGAUCUUCUGUUCCCGCUGUUCCUCUCACUCUGCUCCAUUACCUCGCUAUGGUCAGAUGAAGCCUGUCCGUGUUUGCACUCACUGUUACAUGUUCCAUGUCACUCCUUUCUAUAGUGACAAAGCUGGUAUCUGACAUAUUAAACUACUGGUGUCUCCUGGAGUCUUACACGGACUGAUGUAUUUGACCUGAGCCAAGAAUUAACUUGAAAGAGGGACCCCAUGAGGGCACGUAGGCUUUGACAUCCAUUAUUAUAAAUUUUGUACAGACAAUUUUUAUUGCAUUUUACUAAGCUGCUAAAGGGAAGUAUGAAGCGUCUGUAGCUCUAAGGCUACAGUACAGUCUUCCAUAAAUUUAUAACAUUGAUGUUACGCUGCCAUAUGCAGAACAAAUGCACUGUGUGGAAGGAAACAGGGCUCAGAAUUGAACAAGCAUUGCUGCUUAUCUUACAUGCUAGGAACAGAGUAGGUGGUGAACUAGUCCAUCCCAGGAAAUCAGUCCCGAAGCUCGGACACUUCUGUGCUCACUAGAAUACCAGCAUGGCUGUGGAUGUCAGCGCUCUCCCUCCUGCUGGCGUUUAACUGUCCCAUUACUAGAUUUUUGCUAGCUAUGCUAGGAAUAGUUAAAGCAAAA